AUGGUACCGAAAAAGAAGUCAGUAUCUAGGAAUAAUGAUCAACAACGUAUAGAGAAUAAAAAUACCAUCGAACAUGUCUAUGAUAUGGAUAGAAUCCCGGUAAAGGAACUCUCACUAUUUAGAGAUUAUAACCCUAUUGAUGAAGUAUUUAAAGAUUGGAAGUUUAUUUCAUCAAUAAAACAUUUGGAAAAAUUAUUUUUGAAUGAAAAAUAUUUAAACGAUUCUUCACUUAUACCGUCCUUAUUAUUAGAAGCAUCGGUGAUUAUAUUUCUUACUACUAGAUCAGGGAUAUCUAUCCUAAAAGUAUUGCAUCACAUAGUUUACUUCAGUGAACCAAAAGAUCCUCUCCAGGUUUCAUUAAUUAAUCUCAAAAGAUGGUUAGAAAAAAAUAAAGAGAUUCAUAGAGGUUAUAAAAAUAUGAGAGAGAAUUGGGAUAGUAAUCAACAAAUUUAUUUACUCAAAUUGUUAAGGUUUCUUAUAUUGAAUAGAGAUGAAUCUAUAGAUAUAACCCAGUAUCAUAAUUGCUUGCAUAAAAUAUCUCUAUCAUCGUUAAUUGAUUCACCUUCAAAUAAGGCUUCUUUCAUAUUGGAUGAAAAUUAUAAUUUAUUGUUGGAUUUUAUCAUUUAUUUCCAACCAUUGAUAGAUACUAUCCUUGAACUGGCUUUGAGAUCAUUUUUAAUGAAAAUUGUUGUGUUAAAAUAUAAACGAACUUAUGAAUUUAAUGAUCAAUAUAUGUGGUAUUCAUUUGACUGUGAAAAAUAUUAUUAUAAUACAGUGCCAUUAAGUUAUGCUUACUUGGCAACAAUGCCAUUGGCACGAAGUGAGAUGGCAAGUACCUUGCAAAACGGAGGAGUUGGAACUGAUUAUAAUAAAAUAGAUGAUGUGAAUUCUCUAGCCGGUUCAAACGGUAAGGCAAAUAUUUCUCAGUGGUUGAAUGGAAUCAUCAUUAAAAAACAGUCUUAUCUUGAUGAAUCUAAUGGCGCAAGUGAUUCUGUUAUACAAGCUCCGAUAAACAAAGACGAACUCAUAUUUUCUUGGGAACUUGAUGAAUCUAAUAGAACCAUAAAGGUACCUAAUAUGGUUCAGCAAACUGUCUCAAGACAUUCUAUUAUUUCACGUCUACUGAAACUGGAAACACUUGACUCUCCUUUUUUACUAACUCAAUUUAAAGUUUUGUCUGGGUUAGUGGAUCCUCUCACUCAGCCGCUCCCGAAUGAUACUCAAAUUAUAUCGAUAGAUCUACUUUAUCAAAUGUUCAUAGGUUUGAUUGUCAAGCAUUAUAAAGUAAAUAACUUGGUUGUGGAUGAUGGAUUUGACUGGCGGUUUUUGGUGUGCUUCAAUAUGCAAAAAAUCAUACGUCAGUCAUUAAAGAAGUUGAAUUGUGAGGAUUAUGAGAGAUUAACAUCAGUUACCAAUAAUUCAGAAAAACAUUGGAAAGGUAAUUUGCAUAAAUGGCUUCCAAAGGGGAUGAAUACGCAGGAUUUAGAGCUGGUAUAUAUGAUAAACAUUAUGGCUGUUUACACAAUAUAUUCCCUAUAUUCUCAUUUACCGAUCCAGAUGAAUCCAUUUCUUUCGUCAAUGAUACAAUUAUGGAAAAAUCUUUCUUGUGUUAUAUUACUAGGUCUGGAGAUUGAUAGAAUGGAAGAGGUUCAUGAAACAUUUGAAACACCAUUAAUGGUUAGGGCAACUAUAAGAGGAUCAGCAGCUCUCCGCGUAGUUGUUGCAACUGUUUUGAAUCAGCAUGUCGAGGUUAAUCAGCAUGAUUUUAAACACGAACCAUUCAAUACAUUCAUGUCACCCUAUGGUAGAAAAUUAUGUCAAGGUUCAUUAUUGGCAGACCUGAGAACUCAUUCAGCUUCAAUGUUUGCAUUAGGAUGCGGUGUUACGGAUAUCACUGAAUUAUUAGCUGAUUUACAAGCAGGUGAUAGGUUUGACGAAGAUGUCAGGUAUAUGUUUGAAUAUGAAUAUGAUGAUUAUAACGAUAUAGAAUACGAGGAUGAUGAAAAUAGAACAACAGACGAAGGUAGUGAAAAGGUUAGACGGAGGUGCCAUUGUAUAUUUGAAGAUGAUAAGAUUGCACAGGAAACUAGUCAUGUUGCUCACGAUAAAGCCAACCAUGAUGAAUGGGAUGGAGAAACACGAACAGAUAGAGGUGAGAAGAGCGGUGAUGACCAAUUAGCUUCAAGGAUCAAAUCCUCAUUUGAAUUUGAUUAUAGUGGUAAAGAUUGGAGAGAUGUCCCUCGUGGAUUUAAUUUUUAUUUUUCUCCCAAUUACAAAUUUAUAAAAUAUCCUAAAUUAGAAGAUGUCUAUAAAUUGAUAUUGAAGGCUACAUCUGAUAAAUUGAGCGAGGAUGAGGCAAAAACAUUGUUAAAAUCUGUUGCAUCUUGUGUGAAAAUUGAACAAGAACAAAUACUAAUUCAAAAUGCGGGUCUAGACCUCGCUGGACAACAAUUAGAUGAUGAUAAUUCCAAAUUAGUUACACCUGAUGAUAUAUAUGAGAUAUGGUGUGAAGAAUCAGCAUUUGAAAGAAUGUUGUACCAAAAUCAGCAACUUUCUUGGAGAUUAAUGGACGAAAUGUUAAUGUGUAGUGGGUAUAGAAGGGUUCUUAUUUGGUUUAUCACUCAUACUGAAAUAAAUCAUUCUUUAAUUCAUUAUAUUUUUGAAUUGGCAAUGGGGCUUAGAGGUCAGAAAUUUGAUAUGAACGUUGAUGAACAAGGGAAGAAAAAUGAUUUACUAUCUAAUUUGAUGGUUGACAAAGAUGAAAAGUGCGAUCCACAGGAUAUGUUUAAAUUUUCCAGACAAGGUAAUAUUAUAUUAUCUAAUAUUGAAAACAAAAUGUUAUUACAGGAAUUUUUCACGAGUGCUGCGAUAUAUUUUACCACAAUCGAUGGUCAUGAUCGUGCAAACUUGUCAACAGAUUCAUUAGAUGAUGACCUAAAUCAUGCUAUUAAAGAAGGUGAUAAUGUUUCUUUGUACUCCAUUGGGCUAAUUAAGUUGAUUUGUUAUAUGGUCCAAACCCUGAUGAAGAGUAAUAAAUUUGAUUUUAGCAAAUCAGAAUGUACUUUUGAAUUACAAACAUUGUUAAUAAAUUGGAUCGGUAUAAUUCCAGAAGCACAAGAAUUGUUUUUCAGUUUGAAGAGUGCAAUGGCCAAGGAUGAUAAUGAUGAGGAGAAAUACGAAGAAUCAGAAGUGGAAGAGGGUAAUGAAGAACUAAUUUCCAGUUCUACAAGAAACUCGCGUGAUUCAACGAACAAUUCAAGUACAAUAAAUGAUCCAAUAGGUGGAGAACAAUCAAUUUCUAAGUAUAAUGAUAUGUUAUUGAAAUUACUACCGGUGAAAAAUCAUGAUGAUGAACUUGACGAUAAGACCAAUGUAGCUGUUGAUACAUUAACUAUGUUCCUUCAUAAACAUUCGUUAAUACAUAAAGUGCCAAUCAUAGGCAGGAAGAGUCUUCAUUAUGCAGAUGAUAUCUUGCCACUGCCAGAUGCAGAUAAACCGUUAGGAAUCUCAAUGUUAAUGGCAGAAGCAAACGAGAGCAUGGGCUACAUGAGUCCACAGGAAUUGUGA